UGGCUACAGUAAGAGGCGAUUUUGAUGAGGGACAGUCAUGGAUUAAUUUCAUCUAAUUAAUUAUACCGUGAGAUCGACUCCGGGAACACACCAUGGACUGAUUGACGUACAGUAUCUGGGAUUUGGGGAGUGAGAUCGACCCUCUGGUCCAUCGGUUGUCUAUAUCUGAGUGCUCCUAUCCUGCGUUUUUGUUGACAGAGCCCCUUGGCAAUCGGUAUUAUUCUCCUCUCUCUGUGGCGAGAGGAGGCGGAGAGAGAGCCGCGGCGGAAGGCGGCAUAUUAGCGUUGUAGCUGCCGAACAGAAACGUGCUUUAUUUCUUUUUUAUUUUCUUUGGAAUGAAACGUGGCUUUUGUUUUGCGGGCGGGCUACCAAACUUGUGGUUCACUGCAGUAUUUUGCGUCUUUUCUCUCUGCUGCAGAUGAUACAGAAAACCAUCGUAGCGGUACCCAGGCACUGCAAUUUUUGGGCAAAGAUAAGAGUGGCGUCGUCUUGCAGUUAAGGCUACUAUGGCAGCAUAGGGGGUAUCUUCUGGAGGGGAGAAUCCGCCAAUUCCUUGCUUAGCCUGUCUACAAUGCCUUAUAGUUAGCAGAAAAAGUGACCGGAUUUGACACCCAAAGCCAGCCCACGGUUUCCUCGUUUCAAAGCUGCCGUUUACCCACUGAAAACUCGAAAAGCAGCGGAUCCCGAUGGCAUGGACACUUAUGCAAGGUCUGCCGCGCUGCCGUGCUACUGGAGCCUACUUGCUGUCUCUUCAUUCAACUCAGCUCCAUCGCCAUCGCCCCGCAGCCGAGAGAGCCCUGCCGCAACGCGACGAGCGACCACCGAGCCAAAGCAGGCGGUAUGAGGCUUGAUUCAGUACAUUUAUCCAUGCUGGUCAUCGGGGUCUCAUUCGCCUGCUACUCCCCGAGUUUGAAUUCCCUGCAGGACCAGGCUUACAAAUCCGCCGUGGUGAUCGAGGGCAAGGUGCAGUCUACGCCUGUGAACGUCUCUGCGGAGCCGUAUCGUGUGAAUGUCAAAGUGCUGGAUGUGUGGCCCCGAAACAGCGGGGGUUUGGAGCGAGAACAGCUCGUCACAGUGGGGGAAUUUGGAUCUGAGGCUCCGUGCACCAAAGUGAAGAAAAACCACAAGUACAUUUUUUUCUUGGACCCCACUGACGAGCCCUUGGUUUUCAAAGCAUCGUUUGCGCCCCUUGACACGAAUGGAAAGAACCUAAAAAAGGAUGUUGGGAAGAUAUUGUGUGAGGACUGCGCUGCAGCUCCAAAGUUAAAACCGAUGAAGAAUCCAAUAAUAGUGGAUGAGGGACGCAAGCUCACAGUUAAGUGUGAGGCCACAGGAAACCCUCUCCCUACCUACACAUGGUUCAAAGAUGGCAACGAGCUGAAGAAAAGCAAAAAAGUCAAAAUAAGGAACAGCCAGAAAAACUCCAGAGUCCAGAUCAACAAAGCAAAACUGGAUGAUUCUGGGAAUUACACAUGUGUGGUGGAGAACCAACUGGGAAAGGACAACUCCACUGGCACUGUAAACGUCCAAAGCAUAACCACAACGCUAUCUCCAGGCUCAGGCCACGCCAGAAGAUGCAACGACACAGAGAAGUCCUACUGUGUGAAUGGCGGAGACUGUUACUUCAUCCAUGGGAUAAAUCAGCUUUCCUGCAAGUGUCCAAAUGACUUUAAUGGUGAUCGCUGUCAAACCUACGUUAUGGCCAGUUUCUACCAGCAUCUUGGGAUUGAAUUUAUGGAGGCAGAGGAACUCUACCAGAAAAGAGUUCUGACAAUCACGGGUAUUUGUGUGGCUUUGUUGGUGGUGGGCAUCGUAUGUGUGGUUGCCUACUGCAAAACCAAGAAACAAAGAAAGAAGAUGCACAAUCAUCUGAGACAAAACAUGUGUCCAGAACAUCCCAAUCGCAACCUUGCUAACGGACCCAAUCACCCAGGACCUGGCCCAGAGGAAAUCCCUAUGGUAGAUUACAUAUCAAAGAAUGUCCCUGCAACUGAACGAGUCAUACGGCCUGCAACAGUGGGAUCUUUCCCAGCCAGUCAUGCCUCUUCCAGAUCUCAUAACUCUUCCACACGAGCCCAUUCAUCAACUCACAGGCAUGAGGAGCAGACAUGGAGCCUGGAACAUUCUGACAGUAUACUUUCUGACUCGCCGGGAAUGAUGUCAUCAUCUGUGGGGACCAGUAAAUGCAGCAGUCCUGCAUGCAUGGAGGCAAGGGCGCGGCGUGCUGCACACUGUGGUUACUCAGACCCCCACCGGCCAGGGCUGCAGUAUGGGGAGUCAUUUGACUCACUGGGCGACUCUCCACACAGCGACAGAUACGUGUCAGCCCUGACAACACCAGCACGCCUGUCCCCGGUGGAAUUCCAUUACUCAUUGCCCCCGCAGGUGCCUACCUUCCAGAUCACGUCCCCAAAUGCCAGCCAUGCCAUGUCACUUCCUCCUGCUGUCCGUAAUCCCUACCCCCUGGAAGAUGACCAGCCUCUGCUGCGCCGUUACCAGGUGCCCCUACAUGAUGCCCAGUGCCAAGAGCCCUACCGGCAGCAGCGUCGUACCUACCUAAAUGACAGCAGGGGCAGCCUUCCCUCCAGCCCCUAUCGGCUGGCUGAGGACGAAGACUAUGAGACCACCCAAGAGUAUCUCUCCUCUCGGGAGCAACCAAAGAGAAGUGGGUCCAAUGGAACUGGUAGCCGCCGCUGGCGAAGAUCCAGACUGAAUGGCCACGUGGCUCCACGUGGAUAUGAGGCACCUCGAGACUAUGGUUCUCGAAGUUGCCUAACAGAUAGUGAGUCAGAGGAGGAUGGCGAGAGCACACCCUUCCUCAGUAUGCAGAACAUGAAUGCAGAGCCUUCCACUAUCUACAGGCCGAUGGACAGUCGGACUUCUCACUCAUCAGGACGGCACAGUGGGCAUGGGAACAUGCAUACAAGACUGACACACUCACGCUCCAAACCGGACAAUACACCCCAUUAAAGAGUGAUAAUGAACCAACAAAAGUCAAUAUAGUAUAGACCUGCAUCUAUAAGAAAUAUUUUUAUUUUAUAUAACUGACAGAUAUUCUAAACAAAUGAAAUAUUUAUUUUCAUUUUAGCAAAAGUUGUCUACUAGUUAACAGCAAAGACUUUUUUAUAGGGAAAACUCUAUUUAUAUGUACAUUUUGAUUUACAGCAUAAAAAGAUGUGCCAGUUUUUUCACAACGUAAAAAAUAGAGUAAUAUUGUGGUGCCUUUUGCUGUAUGCCGAUACACAUUUAUGUCUUUUUUUCCUUUUUGGUUUCUUGUUUCACUUUCUUUCCAAACUGCAUUCCUUGGGGAACAUAACCCCUUCCAUAUCACGCAAUAUAAACCACUUCAACAUAAAGUGUAUGUUUACAUUAAUAUGAUCUGCCUGUAGGGUUUAUGAUUUGGGGUCUAAUAGAAUGCCUGGUAAAUAUGGAGUAGAUACGUUUUGCCCUCUGACUAAUGUCUGUGGAGAGAGAGAGAGAGAAAGAGAGAGAGAGAAUGAGAUUGUGUUGGUUGUGUGUGUGCAAAAAUGCCUUUGUGUGUGUGUUUGCUUGCAUGCAUUGUGAUUGAUAGAUGAAUUUCACUGUUUGCUGUUGUAACAUCAAAUAUGUGGGUCUACUGGUGUCCUACAUUAGAGUGUCUCAGAGGUUGAGAGAGUAGUGAUUUAUCAGAACAGUGACCCCCAAGAAGGUGAACAGGUAAAGCUGCUGUAGGGUUGUAUGUUAUGCAGGACAUCGCUUGAUGUGUUUACAGCUAUUCUGCCCUUUCCCAACCUGCCCCAGUUAUGUUGUUUUCAUUUCCCAGAUGGUUUUCUUCAUGCUAGCCUAGUAUGAGGUCACCAGACACUAAGCCUUGGCAUAGGGUGACCUCUACCAUCAGAAGCAGUGGCAAAACAAAAAAGGUUGCAUCUGUUUUCACUCAAAUCUGCCUACUCCCACGCCUCGUCAUCCUUCUGUGUCCAUUCUGUUUUUGUUGCUCAUGCUAAAGGCCACACAGUGUCUCAGGAUUUCCACAUGCUCCCCCUCCACCUUAAACUUUGCUCACCCUCUUCCUCAACUUAAGGUCUACCUAAGACUACGGUUCUCAUAUGUAGAGGACCGAACUGUAAACAUACAGUGUACCAGAUCCCUGAACACUCCCAUACAGAGAAAAGGAAAGCCAGGUGCAAGCAUCUCAGUGGUGAACAGUAAAGAACGUAUGAGACAAUGUUAAUGAAAUAGCUGUGAAACGUUAGAGGGUCAUACAAUGCAAAAAUAUGCAAACUUUCUAUUUUUCUGUUUGAUUACAUCAUUUUUUAAGAGGUGACUCUAGUGUGUCGUGUGUCAUAAGAUGCCUAUAGUGUAGAAUGAAAUAACAUGAUACAAAUGCAUAUUUACCUGAGUUAUUUUAAAGCCAUCAUGCAGUCCUGCAUCAUGUUGCCAUCCUUUCUUGUCCACUUGCAAUGAAUGACUGUCUCCAUGAAUUAUUUUAGCACUUUGUUUAGACCACUCAACUUUACAUGCACACUUCUCAGUAAUAGCAUCCAAAUAGUGUCUCCUCCAGUAGUACUGUGUACUAAUUUGUCUUGUUGACAAAUCACAGAUCAUUUCAUAUUUAGAUUGUAAAAAGGAAACAAAAUCAUUUAGGCCCUUCAUCCUCCUCUGAAGGUAAAUAUAUAAAAGUAUGUUUCAAAUAGCAUCAUGCCCAUUAAAAGUGACUUGGUGAGAAAGAGCAGUUGAUGAGGUUUCAUCACUGUUGGUUUACUCCUUGUUAAAACAAAACCAGUGGAAUACUGAAUUAUCGAUGAUUAAUGAUUUUAAAGGGUCAUAAAAAAAGACUGAUCUGCAAUUCUAACUGCUAUAUGGUAAAUGCACAGUAGUAUCAUUAUAGACAAUGGUCUCUGGUCACACCUUGCAGAAAUGUCAUUUGAGUUUCUCACCUCUGGGUCUAAUUUUGUAUGUCUGAAAAAUGCAAAAGAAGACACUGCACCUCUCGUUUUAAAUGUGAGACUCCCUUCACCUUCACUUUGCCAGUCCUCUCAUCCUAACUGAGGUGAUACCAGGCACACUCUGCCAGUCUCUUCUGUUUAAUUUUAUGACCCCCAACCCGGCCCACCUGACCCCACCCUCGCUUGAAAUGUUUAACACCUCUCCUCUGCAUGUCCUUGUGGUCAAGGUUAGAUGGGUGCAUGGUUAAAAAAAAAAAGAAAAAAAGAAAAAAAAAAGCAGCAGACAAUUCUUUUCCAGUCAGUGAAAGUGUAUUUCAUUUAACAUUCAGCAAUAAAAAAGAACCUUCCCCCAUGUCAUUCCUGAAAUAUGCUAGAAAAGAAAAAAAUGCGAGAUUGUCAUAGACUGUAAAAUAAAAUGAAAAAUGAAUCCACCUGUUCAUAUGAGAAAAUAAAUCUUUAUUCAUAUCA